AUGAUGGGCUGUGCUACCAGUGCCGAUGAAAAACGUCAAAAAGAGUACAGCAAAGCACUUGAUCGUUUGAUAAAAGAAGAUGCUGAACGAGCGGCCAAAGAUGUCAAACUACUUUUAUUGGGCGCUGGUGAAAGUGGAAAAUCGACUAUUGUUAAACAAAUGCGUAUUAUUCAUCAACAUGGAUAUUCGAAAGAAGAAUUUGAACAAUAUCGUCCUGUAGUGUAUUCAAAUACAAUACAAUCACUUGGUGCCAUUAUUAGAGCAAUGAACAUGUUAAACAUACAAUUUUCAUCACCCGAACGAGAACAAGAUGCUGCUCGAGUAUUAGAAGUUAUUCAAAGAAUGAAAGAUACAGAACCAUUUAACUCUGAGUUAUUACAAUCAAUGGAGCGCUUGUGGUCAGAUUCCGGUGUUCAACAAUGCUUUUUACGCUCAAAUGAAUAUCAAUUAAAUGAUAGUGCUCAAUAUUUUCUUGAUCAAUUGUAUCGUAUAGGUUCACAAGAUUUUUUACCCAAUGAACAAGAUAUAUUACGUACAAGAGUUAAAACAACUGGCAUUGUUGAAAUUAAUUUUUCAUUUAAAAAUUUAAAUUUUCGUCUAUUUGAUGUUGGUGGUCAACGAUCGGAGCGUAAAAAAUGGAUACAUUGUUUUGAAGAUGUUACAGCAAUUAUAUUUUGUGUUGCACUUAGCGAAUAUGAUCAAGUUUUAUAUGAAGAUGAAUCAACGAAUCGUAUGCAUGAAUCAUUAAGAUUAUUUGAUAGUAUAUGCAAUAAUAAAUGGUUUGUUUAUACCGGAAUUAUAUUAUUUUUGAAUAAGAAAGAUUUAUUCGAAGAAAAAACAAAACGAAGUCCAUUAACAAUAUGUUUUAGAGAAUAUACCGGACCAAAUGAAUAUGAUCCAGCUGCUGAAUAUAUUCAAGCACAAUUUGUAGCUAGAAAUAAAUCAACUCAAAAAGAAAUAUAUUGUCAUCAUACUUGUGCAACAGACACUCAAAAUGUACAAUUUGUAUUUGACGCUGUUACUGACGUUAUAAUUACGUUGAAUUUAAGAGGAUGUGGAUUGUAUUAA